AUGAAACAACGUCAGCUGACGAUAAUUGAACUUGUUGUAUGGGGAGAAAACCGUAUGCCUUCCUCAGUUGGCAAUGCUUAUGGAGAAAUAGCGAACGUUGUUAAUGGUUCUAAUGCAAAAGUGUCGACUAUGUCACCCAACAUCGCCAUUAUUGGAUCGUCUGGAUUUAUCGGUUCACGGUUACUACAACAUUUACAGGAAAAGGAGAAAUGGAACGUUGUUGGUUAUGACCGAGUUUUACCACAACAAGUUAGCCAUGAGACCCUAACGAAACAUCUCCAAAAGUUUGAAAUUGUCAUCUAUCUUGCCGGUUUGUCUGACCGCUCUAUGGAUCACGAGCGUCCUAAUGACAUUGAGCUAGAGAAUGUUAAGGAGGUUUCCAAUUUUGCUCAGCGCAUGUCAUCGUCUCAGCUUUUGAUAUUUGCAUCAACUGCAGAGAUUGCAGAGGGCUAUCGUUUAGAUGAUAUGCAUGAAACAUCUCGCGUUCAAACAGAUUUAUUAGAUGCCUAUGUUGCUUCUAUAUAUCACCGAGAGCAGGUUCUUCAAAAAUUAAGUGCAGAGUCUAUGUCUAUGCCUCGAAUUAUCGGCUUACGACUUGGUACUGUUGUUGGUCUAUCUCGCAGCCAACGAAUUGAUCACGGACACAUGAAAUACAUUUGUCAGGCUUUCCUAGGUGGAAAGCUGGAAAUAGUCCAUCCCAAGUCCCAUCAAAGUUUCUUAGGAAUGGAAGAUUUAUUGCGAGCUAUAGCUGUGAUCGUUCAAAAACGUCACAUAUCAAAACGAUUCGAUCUAUUUAAUCUUCAAUCAUUUUCAACAAGUGUUGCGAAGAUGGCAAAUUCCAUUGCACUUGCCUCAGGAGCCUAUACACAAAUGUUAAUCAAUUCAUCUGGUAGGAUCAACAAUGGCUUUUCUUUAAAUACUACGAAGUUUCGCUCAACGUACCAUUUUGUCUUCAACGAUAAUCAAGAGCAAAUUAUAUCUGAACUGAUUGACGAUGUACCUCGUUUAUGCGCAGGCCGUCAAUCACGUAUAGAUAGAGAGUCUGUGCCGUGUGUAGUGUGUGGAUCCCGUGAAAUGCACACAGUACUAGACUUACGGACACAGCCUCUCGCGAAUGAUUUUAGAAUAAAACAAAACGAAGCAUUGCGAUGUAAACGAUUCCCACUGCGUUUAGUACGAUGUCCUGUAUGCCAGCAUGCCCAAUUAUCGUAUAUUGUUGAUCGGAGUUAUCUUUUUAGCCAUUAUUUAUAUCAAAGCGGUACAAGUAAAAGUAUAGAGACCUAUUUUUCGUGGCUAGCUGAAAAAAUUAUUGCCGAAAGUAAGAAGACGAAUGGGACCGUGUUGGAAAUAGCUAGUAAUGACGGGAGUCAAUUAACACAGUUUGCUCUACGAGGAUGGAACACUGUAGGAGUAGAUCCAGCGAAGAAUCUUGCUGAACUAGCGCGGGCGAAAGGACAUACCGUUUACGUCGGAUUUUGGGGCACGGAUACGUUUUCUUCUCUACCAUCUCCGGAUUCACUAGAUGCUAUAGUUGCACAAAAUGUACUUGCCCAUGUAAGUAAUCCUGUACAGUUCUUACGAGCGUGUGCAUCUGCUAUGGGUUCAAAAACAAAAUUGUACAUUCAAACUUCUCAGUGUGAAAUGUAUGAAACGGGACAAUUCGACACAGUUUAUCAUGAGCAUGUAUCCUUCUUCACGGCACAUUCCUUUAAAAAGAUCGCCAAUCUUGCAGGGCUGCAUAUUACCAAUUUCGAAAUUACGCCAAUUCAUGGACGCUCUUGCUUAGUAACGUUCAAGCGAAUCAAAUCGUCGAACAGCACUUUCAUCUCCACAUUGCAUAGAAAUCUUGCGCCUCCUCUCUUAUUAGCACUGCAAAAAGAGCGUAACCUCGGACUUAUAGACACUUGGUUUUACGUUAAGUAUCAAGCUCAAGCUCAGUUUAUGCGUCGGUGGAUUGUUCAUCAGCUGACACGUCUUUUUUCUAACGGCUACAAGAUUAUCGGAUAUGGGGCUGCAGCCAAAGGUAUUGUUCUUCUGCAUUCACUUUUAGAAGGAGCAAAUCACACAUGGAGUUUCUCCUAUAUAAUUGACGAUGCUCCUUUGAAACAGAAUACAUACUGUCCAGGCACCUCAAUACCAGUACGUCCAAGUUCCGAGCUAAUGAAACAUGAUUCAAUUGGACCACUAGCUAUAGUCGUUUUUGCGUGGAACUUCUGGGAAGAGAUCUCUAACAAAAUUCGUCUAAAGGUAUCCGAAAUGGGACUUACUAAUGUUUCUGUACUACUGCCAUUUCCCCAACAACAACUAAUUCGAAUUGACUCCAGCACCAAAACAGUAGUAACGCAAAAUACAUUCAGAUCAAUACCUUGGCCAUUUCCAUUUCCCUCGAUGCGCAAGCCUAUAUUAUUAUUUUCAUAUCUUAGUAAUGAUGCAGCACUGUUGUCGUCAUGGAUUCGUCACCACGCAUCUAUGUUCGAUAUGGCUGUAUUCUUUCAUCACAAUGUUACCGAGACAUCCUUGCAAAUCUUUCGAGAUGAAGCACCGGCUGCGUGGAAAAUAAUAGCACCAGGGAACGGAGAAUCUCUUCUUGCAGUAGUCGAUAGAGAGAUGAAACGCUGCCAAAAGUUCUAUUCAAACACAUGGAAAACUUCGCUGACUACCGAGGAAUUUCUGGUACAUCCUAAUCUACGCGGCAUGUUAGCAGAAAUAGAAAAUACAGCUGUCGCCAAAGCAUUGUGCGUGCGUUCUUUAGUAAUGAUAGGAAGUAGUUCAGUAUCAUUUGAUCCGCUAAUCCCACCACUAAACCAAAUAACAAAGUACAUUUCUAACUCAUCGAUACACACGAAGUUAAGUCAUUUUUUGCCUUCUUAUCGAUGCCUCCACCACAACUCUUAUAUGUUAAAUGCUAAUAAUCAGAAUAAUGCUGACUUAGACACUCUUAAAUGGGUUUCGAAUGGCUUUAUUGCGGAUUAUCGAUACAUACCGUUACUAAAACAUAUGAAAACCAAAUUUUCAUAUACAGAAGACACGAUGGCGGAAACGAACAUCAUAAGUAAACAUGCUCUGAACAACUUUAAUGCAAUACACGCUCGCUUCAUCAAACAAAACCGCAAAUUGAUGCAGAUCAGUGAUCUUCGCAAUAUUGAUCCUGUUCACCAUGAGUUAGGGAUGGCUCAUCGCCUCUGGAGAGAAAUGAGCAAUCUUUAA